AGUUUGCCACAAAAAGAUCCAGAUGAAGGUGAACACAAUCCGUUGCAGUGGCGUAUUACCGUUAAUCCAUCGGCAAACUUCUUUUCGAGCAGUAGUGAGCUGAAAUCGCUUAUCAGCAAGCUCUAUCGUACUCAGAAAUUGAUAAAACCAUCUGAGGCGAAAUAUCUAUGUACAGCCCUAAAAUGCAUCGACAUAUCAUCGGACAUGCUUCUGCCACUGCUCACCGUCAUCUCAAAUGCUACUGCUUAUGCUUCGAAUCAAGUUUGCAUUUUCGAUUGUUUAUGCGUUUUAGUGUACAACUGA